UUGCGCGCGCGCGUCGUUGAGCGGGAAGCUCGAAAGUGUAACUUGUGUUUUGUGUUGUGUUGAAAACUCGUCGAAAACAUUGCAAUUAUAUGACUAUGGAAUAACUUUGAUUGCGUAAAUACCUCAGGAAAUUAUGGCUUUAGAUGUAAAUGCUUGUUUGAAAGCACUGGCUGCAGCUUUUAGCCAGUACAGAGCGCGUUCGACGGAUCAAACCGUCAAAGACUUGGAAAGACAAAUAGAUGUUCUCAUUGGUAUAUCAUCCGGUGCGGCUUUGUCUGGAUUCAACUCCAAGGAAAUCCUACCAGCAGAGUGCUUGUCCUCUCUCGUCAGCCUUCUUAAUGAGAAUGUUGUCAAUCACACCCUGCACUUGAAGGCAAUGGUUUUACUUUUCAACUUAUCUGCAGACUUGGAGACCAGAGAUGCUCUUCACAGUGGCUACCACCUCACAUCCACCUUAGCUUCCUUCCUACAGAGGAAUCAGGUCACCAACAAUGAGAAAAUAGUCCUUCAGUCUUUGCAGCUGCUUCAGCGAAUCACUUACUGCAGCAAAAUCACUUCUAUCAGCGGCAGUAUGGAGGAGCUGAUCAGGUUUCUUGUCAAGCACAUUCAAAUGCCAGAGUCUGAGAUGACCAUCCCCUGCCUUGGUCUGCUUGCCAACCUAUGUAGACACCACAUGGCUGUCCAGGCACAUAUCAAAGCGAUGGAUAAUGUGAAAUCUUUGUACCGGAUGUUGAUAUCAUACUUGUCCCAUGCGAACCUCACCGUCAUCAUUUUCUCACUCUCGAUACUCACCAGCCUGUCACUCAAUGAGCAGCUUGGUGAAAAGCUCUUCAACUCCAAGAACAUCCACCAGACAUUCCAGCUGGUCUUCAACAUCCUUAUAAAUGGCGAAGGGUCGCUUACUAGGAAAUACUCAGUUGACCUGUUUGUCGACUUGCUUGAAAGCCCAAAGAUACAGCAGUCACUCAUGGUGCAUGAGCACUUGGCGUAUUACUUGGAGCAAAUACUGACCCUUCUGACCAACAUCUCUGGCGAGGAGUCUGCUAAGGUAUUGGAGUUACUACUGACAUUCUGCACUGUAUCUGGAAUGCGAUCCCUGCUUUGCAAGACCUUGCUUGCCCCAGAUGUUGCCAAGGCGAAGGGGGAUCAUGACCCAAACGAGCUGUACAAUGCGGUGCUGUUUUGGUGCAGUCAGCCCAUAGAGGCCCACCCCACUGUGUCCCUUUGUGCUCUAGACUUUAUCAAGGAGAUGUUUGAGGAAAUCAUCGAUAGUAACACUACAAAAGGCAUGUCUAGCCGUGUGUCCUCGCUAGCCCCGCUUCUGAUGGGCCUGCUUACACCGCCUGCACAGAUCGAUGGACCAGGACUCAAGAAGCGCUGUGAGCAGACAAGCAAAGCCCUGGACGUCAUCUCUGCAAUCUGCUUUGACUCAUCGUUGAGGAAAUCGAUGCUAAAACACCUUCAGCUGGAGCAGUGCUGGAAGGUUGUAGAGUACCAAUACCAGCACAACACGCUAGGGACGCGCUCGUCCUUACAGACCUCUUGGGGGGAGGAUGGCGUGCGUGUUGUUCUGCGCAUGCUCCAUUUGAUGUGUAGUCUAAAAGCCUCUGUACCCGGUGUCAAAGAGAACUUGUUCGCCGCUCUGCAGGAUCAGCGACUGGUGCCUUUACUUGCGCAUGCGCUGACUUGUGGAGCGCGGGACAGUGUACAGAAGGCUUUGAGAAUACUAAGCGAGGCGACCACAUUACCAGACUUCCAGAUGAUCUGGCUCGGGGAAAUAAUUGCUUCAAACAACUCCGCGCGUGAAGUGGAGCUAACCACGCUACGGGGACCUGGAGACGAGGAAUUCAGCCCUCCCCCGUCACCUCCUAGGAGCUCUACCAAUCAGAGUGCGCGCUCGCGCCACGUGGCUUCUUGGUCAUCACGUGAUUUGCGACCUGCCGUUAUGACGCCGAAGAGCAACGUUACGGAUGCGAAUAUCGAAUGUUUGAUCGAGAAGAUGAGAUCUGGACUAGAGAUCAAAGAUCCUAAGGCAUCGGAAAUCAUCGACAUUUACGAAGCGAAACUAUCUUCGCUCAUGACAAAGGAAAGCCAUCUUCAGGACCUACUUGAGGCAAAGGCCCUAGCCGUGGCACAGGCAGACCGCCUCAUAUCGCAAUACAGGUGCCGCAGGGCGCAGUCCGAAGCAGAGUGUUCCAAACUUCGAAAGUUGUUAUCAGAGACAGAGAAGAAGAAUGAAGCCCAGACUGAACAGAUAAUGACGAUGCUGGAGUCGCAGAAGGCCGCCACAAUAGAGAUGGAAACUCUACUUCGGACAAAUGAGAAUUUGAGUAUCAUCGCAGAAGAGCAUAAGCAGCUCAAAAAAGCGUUCGCCGAAAUUUCACAGAGGCUGGAGACGAGUCAGAGAAGUCUGCUGGCUUCCCAAGAUGAGAUCAAAGCGUUGACAGAGCUUAGCGAGAUGCGAAGACGACACAACGAUAACCUUAAGAUUCAGCACGAUACCGCCACUAAACAGCUGAGAGAACUUGAUGAAGAGCGUAAAAAACUGCUCCAGCAAACGAAAGACGAGGAGAUCAGAAUGCAAGAGUAUAAGAACAAAGUGAAAACACUUGAGCAGACGAUAUCCACAUGUAAAGAGGAAUUGACGAAAAACGAGAAGAUAAAAAGUGACGUCAUGCGCAAGGUGUCUUCACUAGAGUCUCUGUGUCGGCAGCACGAGCAAGUGAUCAAAGAACGCGAAAACACAAUCAAGCAGCAGCAACAAGAGCUUACUCGACACUCGCAGAUCUCCGCCAUGAUCCACAGUCUGAGCAGCGGGCAGAUUCCCGAGAUAGCUCCUCAUGGCCUUAAUGUGAACAAGACCUUGACUUGAUAAGGGUCCCAAGGGCUUAAUGUGAACAAGACAUUGACUUGAUAAGCGACCAAAGAGUAUUAUGUGAACAAAACAUUGACUUGAUAAGGGUCCCAAGGGCUUAAUGUGAACAAAACAUUGACUUGAUAAGGGUCCCAAGGGCUUAAUGUGAACAAAACAUUGACUUGAUAAGCGACCAAAGAGCUUAAUGUGAACAGGACCUUGCAUUGACCUAAUAGGCGAUGCAAGGGCUUAAUGUGGACUAGACCUUGACAUAAUAAGCUAUCAAAUGUCUUAAAGGGCUGCGCGGUCUAUUAUUUGAUCAAACAUUGUUCGACGCUUUCCUUAUAACGAUGACUGUUUGCACUUAAAAAUUGGGGUCGCCUUUAUCAUUCGUAAGGUCCCAAUAACUAUUCUGGCGGAAACAUUUCAUUCUCUGUAUUCUUAAAUAAUAAUAAAUCCAAGCUCUUGUACUACAAUUCUGAAAUAUACUGUAUUUUAUUUUUGUACAUAGAAAUAUAACAAUGUGUGCAAAUUUACCAGUGUACACCACUUAUCUUUUACAAUAUGUAUUUUUACAACUCUCAUCGUAGUACUAUCGAGAAUAAAACUACUACAAAUAA